GCAGGUUCAUAUUCAUUUCUCUCGUCCUUCUCUCUGCCCUUCCCUCUUCAUCAAUGUCUUCAUCAUAAUCUGUCUUAUCCCUCGACCCCGAUCUUAUCUCGAAAGGACAGACACAGAAACAAUUUCUUUGUUCGCGAGACUCAAUCCUUGAUCCUGGCUAACGAACAACGCUGCGGGCUGUGCUUAACCGACCACCAUGCCCAUCUUCACAAACACCCCCGAGGCCAGGCUCGGCAGAGCCGACUCUAAAAACCCAUCAACAACAUGUCGCGGCAUCACGUCUGCCGGCCGGCCCUGUAGACGCCCCAACACUCUGCCUCAAAAUGGGAAAAUCAAGGUUAGCGACCCCAGCGAUGAACGCCUCUACUGUCACCAGCAUAAGGACCAGGCUCGCCUGGCUGCUGUCCAGUCGGCUCCGGGGUCCGGCCGGCCAGCCCAUGCCGCCAUCGCCGAGGAGCGCUCCAGUAUCGACACCUUGGCCGAGCGUUUGGGCUUAAUGAAGACCAAUUCGGCCCAAGUGCGGCCAUCUGCUCAACAUCAACGACCUCCACGACCGGCACAGCAGAAGAAGAGCUCAUCGCUUUGGUGCUGCUGCUUCAGUGUUCCCCUAGAUUUCGAGCUCGAGGAACAAGCUCCGCCGCCGCGACCACAGCCCAAGCCCGUGCAGCACGAUGGAUCCUCGCGACCCUCUCACCUGGCUCCCACAUCAGGUGUCUCCCCGCCAGCUGGCUCCAACGUUUCCCAGACGGCGCAAUUCAUGUCCCUGAUCCCGCACACCGCCCCCCCCGAGACAGCCUCCUUGUUGAUGAAGGAACUCGCCAAGGGCUUCUCUUCGGGCGACGAGGCUGGCUACAUUUACAUCUUCUGGCUCACGCCCGAAACCGACCCCGCGACACCGCCCCACGAGGCCGCCAAGGCCUUGCUCACCACCAACCCCCGAUCGCGAUCGACCUCCCGCGGGCGGGCGGCCAGCGACGCGCUGGAUCGGUACGCCACUUCUUACGAUGAUGAGCCCCGCAGUCGCGGCAGGGGCGGCGGCAGCGAGAAGAAGAAUAAGAAGAUCCUUCUCAAGAUCGGCCGCGCCAACAAUGUGCAGCGACGUUUGAACGAGUGGCAGCGCCAGUGCGGAUACAACAUUUCGUUGAUCAGAUACUACCCCUAUGUGUCGUCGUCCAGCACCAGCGACGUGAUGCGCAAGAUGCCACACAGCCACAAGGUCGAAAGGCUCAUCCAUAUCGAGCUGCAAGGGCGCGGGCUGAGGGUUAUGGACCGCGGCAAGUGCGCGUCGUGUGGGAAGGAGCAUAAAGAGUGGUUUGAGGUGGACAACACGAGGGCGGCGGUGGCAGAUAUUGAUGAGGUCGUGAGGCGGUGGUCGGAUUGGGACGAGACUCAGGCUUAGACGAUCGAUGGGUGAUGGUUGAUUUUCAGGAUUCUCAGGCUUCCAUGGAUGUGCGACGAAGUUGGGUUUUGGGUAUGUGACUGGCAUAUAACACGAUAUGACGCGACAUGGCACGGCACGGCAUUUGCAUUUGGCGUUACGGAUGGAUAUAUUCGUUGGUCUAGAUCUCGGGUUACGUUUCAACUAUCUGCGGGUGGGAAAUUUUACGUUUGUGUUCACAUCUUCCUCUAGCUAUGUGGUCUUUCGCUCUUGUAAUUCAAUGCCUUGUCUUCUAUGUGAGAAGAAGUUCGAGCAACGCCAAACUAAUGCAUUAACAAGAUUCCAAACCCAAAGCGCCAUUCAAGUCCAUAUCCAUAUAACGCUCAUGAAUCAACAAUUAUACCCUACAAUUCCGUCACCAAGCACCACCCCUCCCCUCAUCAUCGACACCCUCCUCCCAAUGAUGCCGUCCUGGCCAACGCUGAUCGAGAGGUUCUCAUUCAAAGCACACAUUUGACAGGCUUUCUCGUUCAGGGUGAAUUGCGUUAGCAGCCCACAUUCACGAACGGACUUGGUCAUAUCACCGAUUUGACUAAUUACUGCAUCAGCAACAUGACGUUUUCCCUUUUUUCCCUGGGGAAGUGGGAGCGAGAAAAACUUACUGUAUGAACACAAUCACGCGAUCAUCGAGUUCGGAAUUUGAAGCGUCUCGAGAGUCACCUCCUCCCACCAUUGAAGCCCUACCAAACAACGUCGACGGUGUUGUUGAUGUUGAUGGUGAUGUUGAUGGGCUGAUGAACGAAAAGUGGGUAGCCUCUUGGCUAUUGGGGGUGGAUGGGUUGAGAAAGAGGAGGUUGCCUAGGAGGUGACGGUCUCUGGAGGAGGAUGGGGAGGAAAAGAAGUCGACUCUGGCGCCGAUGCGAGGUGUUGAGGAUGGGGUCUCGGGGCCGCACAUGUUGCGUGGGAGUCUGAAAGGGAGUGGUUGUGGCGGUUGGCUCUUGAUGAUUUGGGUCCUGAGUGGAGAUAUGGUCGGUCGCCUUCGAGUGAUAUGGGUUGGUCUCAGCGAUCAAGUCGGGAAAUAGAUGCUGGUGGGGCUAAGUAACGGUUCAAUAUGGGCCUGUUCAAAUUGGAAUGUUGAUUUGUCUUCUAUGG